UCACAGCACAAGAUCGAAUAGAUUGUGAAACUUUUUGAUCUUGUGGCUGUUUCUUCAUUUACCGUGAUAUCAAAGUGUAACGUAUUUUAUAUGUGCAUGAUAUUGCGAUUAAAAACAUGAUAACGAUACGUGUGACAAGCUGUUUAAAGAAAUAAAUGAUCUCGUAGUGCAUCACUAUAAGUAGUGGUAUCAGACGCAUGAGCGAUUUUAACACUUAAGUAGUAUAGAUCAAAUAGUAUCCUUUGUCAACGAUAGAUCUCAGAAUUUUCGUAAUUUCUCAUGAAGAAAUGAUGUGCCAGAUUCAACGCGUUUGUAAGUAAUCGCAAGUUGAACAACGUAUAGUGACAAUCAUCCGAACAAACAACUAUUAUAAAUAAGAACAUGAGUUCCGUUUGGAAACGAUUGCAACGAGUAAACAAGAGAGCUGCAAAGUUUGAAUUCACCGUUUCGUAUCAUGAAGUUACUUUAGAAACAACUACAAAAUGGAAACCAAACAAGCUAAGCGUUGUAUGGACAAGACGUAGUAGAAGAGUUAGCUCAGAACCAUUGGAUUGGGAGCCAAGUUUAAGCGAUCCCUUAAAAGGGGUUAUUAGUUGGGCAGUUCCUGACAAUCACACAGUUUCAGUGACUCUGUUUAAAGAUCCAAGGACCCAUGAAUUAGAGGACAAAGAUUGGACAUUUGUGAUUGAAGAUGUCUCUUCUACCGGUAAAAGAAGGCAUGUGGCCGCAACAAACAUAAAUAUGAAGAAAUAUGCAACUUUAGAAUCUAGUCAGCAACAACUUAAGUUGGAUUUGAAACCUACUUCCAAGAAAAUUGUUAGCGCUACAUUAGAAUGUACUUUAUCGUGCGUUUUCUUACGAGAAGGCAAAGCGACGGACGAGGAUAUGCAGAGUAUGGCUAGUUUAAUGUCGGUUAACAAUAACAGCGAUAUCGCACCUUUAGAUGAUUUUGAUAACGAAGAUAUACCCGAAGACGUCGAAGAAGUCUGCGUAAAAAAUCUCGAUGAAAUCUUAGAUAUAUCUGCUCAACUUGAUUUAAUGACUAGUAGUCUUACUGAAAGUGAAUUACCUAGUACACCGAUAAGUGUGGCAAGUUUAUCAAAGGAUGAUACUACACCUGUAAAUGAAACAGAUCGCUUCAUACGCGAUAUUAGUCUAACAGGCAUUGGUGAUUCUUUUAAAGAAAAAUCUCCUUUAAAGGACAAUGUUGCAGUUGAAAACAAUAAAAACAUUGAACAUAGUACUCUAUCAAGAUUACCAUUGCAACCGUUAGAAUUCACAAAAAACGACGGCAAUAUUCCUAAGUUAAAAGAAAUAACACCAGGUCAAGAUCUCUUAGAAUGGUGUAAAGAGGUGACAAAAGAUUAUCCCGGUGUGAAAGUUACUAAUCUUACAACAUCUUGGAGAAACGGAAUUGCAUUUUGUGCAAUUGUACAUCAUUUUAGACCUGAUCUUAUAGAUAUAGAUUCGUUGUUACCACAUGAUGUCAAAGGUAACUGUAAAAAAGCAUUUGAUGCUGGACAAGCUCUUGGUAUACCAAGAGUAAUAGAACCAUCAGAUAUGGAUAUAUUAACUGUACCUGACAAAUUAGCUGUGAUGACAUAUUUAUAUCAGUUGAGAGCACAUUUCACUGGUCAUGAAUUAGAGGUACAUCAAAUAGGUAAAACUGCAGAUGAAUCUUCUUACAUGAUUGGUAGAUUUAAUACAGACAAUAAUUCAGAUGUGAGUGUGCAACUAUUCGGUCAAGAAAUAAUUAAUUUACGGAAGAAAGAUCAAGCGGAAUAUAAAAAUAAUAAAGCAGACGCUAAUAGACGAUCAAACCCGUUUGAUAAUAAAAAGGAGGAUGUGAAUAUUGACUCCCUAAAGAAUCAGUUGCACUUAAGUUUAAAUAUAGAAAAUCAAGAUCACGAUCAAUGCAACAAAGAUAAAUCUCCGUCGAGUGUUAAAGAUGUUAAGGAUAUUAUACUAGCCAGUUCAAAAAGUAUUCUAGAAAAAGUGUUAUCACCGACUAAAGAAAAAUCUUUAUCUAGAGAAAAAAGUAAAUCUCCGCCAAGAAUAUUGCAAGUUCAACAACGACCUAUAUUAAUGACUCGUCGCCAAUUAACUGAUCCGUUUGGAUCAGACGAAGAAGAGGAAAACAUUCAAAUAAUUGAUGAAGAAUGGCCUCAGUCGGUGACAGUGAACAAAUCGGAAACACCAAUUCGUGAUGAUUCAAUGAUCGCAAAUGAAAGGGGAAAUCAUAUCGAGUGUCAGAGUAUAUCAUCACCUCAAGGAGAACAUCGUUCUCAGCAUCCAUUAGUCAGUCGGCAUGAUGAAUUAAGAGAACGUGCCAGACAACUAUUAGAACAGGCUAGGAAUACAAAGUCAGCUGGCCUUGUUUCUACUGCUGCUAGUCCUAUCGAGAGUCAGAAUGAUGAUGAAAGACAGCAACAGUUACGUGAAAGGGCAAGGCGUUUAAUCGCUGAAGUAAAAAUGGGAGUUAAUAUUACUUCGAGUCAAGUUAACGAUGACAAUAGCAGUGACAGACGAUCAAUGGAUGAUCAGAAUAAUAGUCCAAGACGAAGUAUCACACCGUCUACUCCUGGUGAUAAAUUUAGUACAAAGUCUGAAUACAAUGGAAAUAUAUUAGGAAGUACGAGUGUUAUAGAUGGUGAUAAAAAGAUCACAUCUCCUCUGUACUCGUUUUCCAAAAUAAUUGAAAGAAUCUCACCAGAUAAAACUAGUCCCGAUGGUACUUCAUAUGCACUCAGAGGGUUGGGGAAGGAUAUGACAUCGUACAUUCAAAAUGAAUUAGAGGCAUUAGAAAGAGAACAAACUCAAAUAGAUAUUCAAGCUGGUAAACUUGAAAAACAACUUCGGGAUGCUAUGGAAAGUGAUAACGAAGAUGAAACUGAAAGACUGAUGUCUCUAUGGUUUACUCUUGUUAAUAAGAAAAAUGCACUUCUAAGAAGGCAAAUGCAAUUAAAUAUAUUAGAAAAGGAAGAUGAUUUAGAACGACGAUUUGAGUUGUUAAAUCGUGAAUUGAGGAGUAUACUAGCGGUUGAAGAUUGGAGAAAAACUCCUGAACAAAAAAUGCGAGAAAAUUUACUAUUAGAAGAAUUAGUUUCUAUUGUGAACAAGAGAGAUGAGCUAGUUCAUCAUCUUGAUACACAAGAAAGAGCUAUAGAAGAUGAUGACGAAAUAGAACGCGAUCUAUCUAGAGCUGGGUUAGCUCAACGAAACAAAAGUUGUAUGAUACAAUGAAAACUUAAUUCUCUGUUCUCCUUAUUAGAACGAUAAGUGACAGGUAUGAUUCAUUUUGCUGUGGGGUUGCCAAAGAAGACGUAAAAUUUUUCUUUGACAUAGAGUCAACAAUUUUACAAUCGAUAAAACAAUAAUAUUUAGAAAGUUAUUUUGUACUAUCAAGUGCAAUACAAAUUGUACAAUCAUCGUUCCAUAUUUAUACGUGCAUUAUUAAGUAUUGCAUUAAUAUGAUAGCACUUUUGACAGUGGAUCGAAGGUUCAGAUUAAAAAUUGUUCCGUCGAAAAAACUACAAAUUAAAUAAAAUCUGUUACGAUGUUAUGAUAGUUGUAAAAAAAAAAAAGUAUGUUAUUCUAGGGAAGAAAAACAGUUUUGAUUAUAUUACAGUAUGUCCAUGCAUGAUUAAAGCGUCUCAUGAAAAGGCAAUAGUAAAGAAGGUACUGAUAUUCUGAUCUAAAUAAGGUGCUGGAAUCUUUGAAUCAGAAGGAAAUAUGGGAAAAAAUAUGUUGCAAUGUGUAGUUUAUCGCUUCUGCAACUUGAUAAUAUCAUAAAUUAUAUUAAUCGCUUGAAAAUAAGCGAAAAGUUACUAAUUGCUGCGAAGUAAUCCAAAAAUUAUAUUAAUAUUCAAAAAUUUAGCAAUGAAUUUUAAUCGAUUAUACUGUUAAUUUUAUAAUUUAUGAUACUCUUUUUAGAUUAUAUUUAUUUUAUUUGUGCCAUAUAGAUAGCUUAAUUUCUAUUUAUAAAUGUUACUAUACGUUUACGAAAUAUUUGCCAUUUUAUGUAAUAUGCAAUUUUGCAUAAGAUUCUAUACUAUUGAUUAUUUAUUACUAAAUUUGUUAUUAGUAAUGUAUGGAGGCCUAAUCAAUUUCAUACAUUCUGAAAAUUUGUAAAUGAAAAUUACUGCAUACUUGUUUUUAAAAAACGGAUUGAUAAAUAACGGUAACUUAUUAAAAAAAAAAGGCAUGAAAAAUUGCUACAUAUAUCACAAAUAUUCAUGUUUCAAAUUGUAUAAUGUUUGAUUGUAAUAAUUUAUAUAAUUACAUAUGCUUCGAAACACGAUAUAGCAUUUUAUUGAUGUAGCACAAAAUAAAUUUAUGAAGUAUUUAAUCGUCAAAAGUUUUAAUUAAAAAAUGAAUUAUUUUCUAUUAUUUGGUUCUUCAAUUCUCUCACUGAAAUGUGAUUGUGCAAUUAAAAAAAUAAGUAUACAGUGUUUACAUUUCUUCAUUAAAAGUAAAAUGUUCCUUUUAUCCUUUACAUGUAAAUAUAUCUUAUACAUGUAAAAUUAAUGCAAUACUUAUUGUUAUUAAGUAUUAAGAAAACGCUCUCUUAAAGGCAUUGGUAUUCGUUUUUGGAAAAUCUAAAUUUCAAUUGAUGUGGUAUAAUGUGAUGGAAUUGGUGCUGGCAUAUCAUACUGAAUGUAACUGCCAUAAUCGAUCAUCAUUAAAUAUAUAUGAAAAAGGAUACUAUUGCCAAGUGUGCAUGUACUAAUUAGAAAGUAAUUUCUUUCUUACUUUUGUGUAAAAAUAACAAUAUCAGAAGCUGGAGAACAAAUUGUAAUCUUUCAUUAAUUUCUAUGAAUGAAGCAUAUUUUUGUUUCAUGUUUAUGUAGUGAAUAUUAUUGUAUAUAUGUAAUGACAUUAUUAAGCUAUGGCAUAUUAAACAACUGAAAUCUGUUAAUUUCCAUUUAAUAGAUAUUCAAAUGUGGAAUGUUCGUAGAAAUCUCGUGUUGCAAUAUUAAGGUGUAACUAUAAUUGAAUACUCUAAUGGAAAAUAUUCAAUUUUAUGACUAAUUUAGCAAUAAUUUAUCAUUUUAGUGCCUAUGACUAUUUAUAUUGGUAUGUGAGAGUGCAAGGUUAUGUAUAAUAUAACAGGUGAGGUAAUACAUGUGCAUAAUUCCAUGUUUGCGAUCAUACAGUGUAUCUCAUAAUUAUUGAAGCAAUUGACGUGGCUCAAUAAAAAAAAAAAAAAUUUCAUUGAUGUUUCAUAUAACUCGAUCAUUAACAUUGUUUUAAAAGUGAAUAAUGGAGAUCAACACAAACAUAAAAAGUACAAACAUUUUUUCAAUACUUAUAUAUUUUCUAAUCAGUGGAAUGAAAUAUUUAAGUUAGGUUGAGAUACUCUGUAUGUAUAUUUCUGUAUAAAACCAGCUUUCUGUUUUCAUAUCAUUAUUGUGCUAACAUGUAACUUAUUUUAUUUAUUAUCGUUAUGAACGCCGUCUUUAAUAGAAUAUAAUUGUAUAAGCAAUGAUAAUUCUUGCCAAUGUUUUCCAUUAAGAAGAAUCGCGAUCUUCUUAAUUUGAAAGGUAACACGAAGUACUUCAUGUGAAAGAAACAAGCGUAUAAUGUGUCAAAAAGUAUCACGCAAUAGCUAUUGAUAAAUUAAAGCAAAUAAAGCACUAUAAAAAAUAUCAAUAAUUGUUGCAAUACUUUUCCGUACCUUUCUAACAUGACGAAGUUGUACCCAGGGUGUUCGGCUGAGGGUGGAUAUUCUUCGAAGGGGUCGUAGUUGGGGUGCUUCUGAAUAACUUUUUCUGCUACCAAAAUGCAAGUUGUGGCUUAAUUUUUGAAUUAAUAAACGAGAAACACGCGAAAGUAUCGGCUACGAGAACCACGCGCAACUUUAUUCGCGAACAAACCGCGCGCCAUGUCAAUUCGUAGACGACGCUCUCGCGACUGCGCCUGCGCACUGCGCGCCAUAUCAAUGCGCGCGCUCUAAUUGCUCGCUAUUUUUAAUUAACAAUUCAAAAACUAAGCCUUAACGAGCAUUUUGGUAAAGGAAAAAGAUGUUCACAAUUACCUCAGCUACCAUUCCCUUAAGGAAUGCCCACCCCUAAUCGAACACGCUGUAUAUACAUUAAUAUUAUUUAAAUAUGUAAUAACACGAACGUUUAUGUUUUGUGAGAAAUAUGGUAUUUGUAAUUUUAAUAAUGUUAAAUAAUUGUACACUUUAAUAUAAGUUUGAAAUUCUAUAAAUGCA